AAAAUGAUGCGACUAGUGUGUUUUGCACGUGUUAUCAUGUGGACUUAUCCAUUUGGAAUAAUGCCGUAUUCUUAAUUAGAAAAUACCAUUUUUUUUAAAAAAAAACACAAAAGAGAUAAACUCUACAGGAUAGUUAUUACUUUACUAUGAACAAAUUUCCCUCUAACAACAACACCACAAAGUCUUCACUCUACCAAAAUAACCUUAACGCGACUUCAUCUUUCGCUUUAUUUACCUCAAAACCUAACUUAUUUAAACAAUUAGACAAUUUUGCCAAAAGAAUAAAAUGCCGAUACUUAACCAAAACCAACAGAUCUUAUACAGAUUUGAGAUUUCCUAUCAAAGACGAAAUUAUUUUAGCCAGAACUCGUAAUGGUAUAUCUGAGAAUUUAAAGCCCUGUACCAAAUCACCUCGCGAUAAUCAUGGGGGAAAAAGCGAUGGUUGGAAAUCUGCUUCUAUAUAUAAUAAUAAUAAUAAUGAUAAUAAUAAUCAAUAUAAGGGUAUAAUAUUUAAAGAAUCUAGAUUAGAUAUAAUCAAUGGCCCAUAUAUCGGAGUAAAAUCAGCCAAGACUAUAAUCGAGGAAGGUAAAACUCGGGAGCAAUAUUCUCCUCCAUUCCUCGAUACAAAUACUAAAAAUUCAUCACUUAAUAAUUUAUAUGAUAAUGAUACCAUUAUAAACAAUUUACCCGAUUCUAUCAGCGAAACGCAAAAAUUUGCAGAAAAUGAAAAGAUAAAGGACAAGGAAAACGAGGGUUGGUUCAAAGGGCUCUCUAGCAAAACAAUAAGGGAAAAUAGUGAUGGGUCAAGUAAUUUCGAUUCCUUUAACUACGAAUAUAGACAUGCCAAAAGCGACUCCUUUCAGAACCACGUACUCGAUCCUAAAAAUGUCGAUGGUAGUCAAAUUACAAGUGUGCCUAGUUUAUACCUCCUAAAAAGUUCGCUAGCUGCAUCCGAUAAUCAUCAAACAUCACAAACGAUCGAAAGUAAGAACUCAUUUUUGAAUCCGUACUUCCUGAACGGACAUUUGAUUCGUGUUUCCAAUUUUUUGUACGUGGGAGACUUAGAAGCAGCCUACUGCGAACAAGUGCUCUGCAAAUUAAAUAUAGAAGGCUUAGUCGAUGUAAGUGGAAUGAGCGAGAAAGAAGCUGGUAUAUAUCUGAAUAAAAAAAUAGGCUGGGGCUCCACAAUUUUUAAAACUUGUACCUGCGCAAGAGAAACGUCUCAUGUUAGAGCUAAAUUAAAGGUCAAUUUAUUGACGGAAUUAGCCAUACCACCCAAUUCUACAAAACCAUUCAAUUCAAAUAACUAUAACAUGGAUAAUAACAUUAAUGAUAAUGUAAAUAUUUUAGAUAGAGGAACAACCAAUAAUAAAAAAUUAAACAUUAGAAAUAAUAAUCAUGAAAGUUUAGAGGGAAGUCAAUUGAUUGGCAAAACUCAAACAAAGGGAAAAGUUCCUAUGGUUGACCACGUAUCCUUUUUCGAAGAAAUCAAUAAAUUUUUAGAUCAUUACAGACAAACGGGUAAAAGAAUCUUACUUUUUUGCGAAGCUGGCAAGGCAGGAGGUGCCUCUACUGUGGUUGUCAUUCAGUAUUUGAUGAGAGAAAGUGGACUUCCCUUGAGGCGAUGUUAUGGUAUUAUAAAAAGACUUUACGGAGAUGCAUCUAAUAUAAUGAAGUUAGAAAACAGUUUACAAGUAGCAUUGUUUAAAUAUGAAAGAUAUUUGUAUAAAAUCAGUAAUAGAACUAGUCAGCUUGAUAAAUACUUUCUCUACGAUUCUUUAUAUACUACAAAUAAUACGAAUAUGAAAUUCAAUAAUAAACGACAAAAUUGUAAUCUAAACCCCACCGAUAAUUGUAAAGAUGAUAAUAAUGCAAUUGAAAAUUCAGAAUCUUAUAACGAAUUAGAUUCUAUUGCUAUCAAUAAUAAUUACUCUUCUACUAAUAAAGAUAUCCCUUACCAACAUGUAUUAAAAAAAUUAGAUAACAACACCGUAGAUGCAAAUAUUUUGAUUGACAGAAAAACUCUGCUUCAGCGAAGAAUAACACGAAACGCUAUUUUGCGUGGUCAAGACAUACGUAAAAGAUCCAUCAUGACUCUAGAAGAUAGCGGCUGUUGUUUUAUUGAAGAAGAUAAUUAA